CAUUUAUACCUACAUCUCUCUUUCUUAAUUUCUUCCAAAUUACCACAAAAAAAGCACACGCACACAUACAAACACAUUGUUCUUGGCAAUACGAAGUGCUUUUGUUUCUUUUCUUUUUAUAGCAUCCCAUUUUCAUUGAUGUGGUUCACGCACACAUACACACAAAAAAUCGUCGUUUUCUUGUCGGUUCGAUUGCCGUCAUCGUAUCCGUCCCGUCCCCCUUCGUUUAAUCUGUCGCUAUUGUCUACGAUUUUGCUUUAAUUUUAAUACCUUCUUGUAAGAUUUAAAGAUGGCGGACCCUGAUACAGUGAGGACCAUUAUUGGAAUCAUAGGAAAUGUCAUCUCUUUCUUCCUUUUCCUUUCUCCUAUGCCUACAUUUUACAGAAUAUGGAAAGAAAAAUCAGUACAAUCAUUCAAACCGGACCCUUACAUUGCUACGGUGCUCAACUGUGCAAUGUGGGUGUUGUACGGCCUGCCCAUCGUCCACCCCGACAGCCUUCUGGUCAUCACCAUCAACGGCACCGGCUUCUUCAUCGAAGUCUUCUAUCUCUCCAUGUUCAUCACCUUCUCUGAUUGGGCCAAGCGCAGAAAAAUGUUCAUUGCUCUACUACUUGAGGCAAUUUUCUUCGCCAUCGUGGUUGUGAUAACGUUGAUUGGUCUGCACGGGACCAAGUCGAGGUCUUUGUUCGUUGGAAUACUGUGUGUAAUUUUCAAUAUUAUGAUGUACGCUUCGCCCCUAACUGUCAUGAAACGAGUUAUCAAGACGAAGAGUGUCAAGUACAUGCCAUUUUCUCUAUCACUAGCCAACUUUGCAAACGGCAUAGUUUGGUCCAUCUAUGCGCUCAUCAAAUUGGAUCCCUUCGUCCUGGUUCCAAAUGGUUUGGGGACACUGUCUGGAUUAGUGCAACUGGUGCUGUUCGCAACGUACUAUAGGACGACGAAAUGGGGCGAGGAAGAGGAGACCAACAAACAGGAGAUUGAACUCCAGAAAUCUGCUGAAACGGGGCAAGACGGGCAGCCCUAGAACUUUUCUAGUACUACUUGUUUCUUGUUCUCCUUCUUUAUGAUCAUAUUCUUCUUUCAUAUAUAUAUAUAUACGUAUA